AUGGCCGACCGCACAGCCGCCCCGACUCCAUCCUUCGCGACCGGGCAGGGCAUCAUAUGCGCCGGGCUCCCGCGCUCCGGCACUCUGUCGCUGGCCACGGCGCUGGACAUUCUUGGCGUCGGCCCAAUCCAGCACGGGCUGCGCGACACCGACACCCGCGAGGUCUACGCGUGGACGCACGCGGCGUGGUGCUCGUUCCCCUUCCUGCGCGCCACCCGGCUGACCUCGCGCGACGGCCGGCUGCCCUUCUACCUGCCGCCGUACGACCCACUGCUGCCGUGGACGCGCGCCGACUGGGACCGGCUCGUUGGGCGGUACCGCUGCACCACUGACGUUGGGAGCAUGUUCAGCGAGCAGCUCAUCAGUGCGUACCCGGACGCCAAGGUCAUCCUCGUGGAGCGGCCCGUCGACGAGUGGGCGCGCAGUUACGGCCGCGUCCUCAUCGACAGAACCUACUACGGCGUCGGCGGGUUCAUCAAGUCCACGCUGGGGCCGUGGGCCAACGUGACGACGACGACAGCCUAUUCCGACGUGUCCAUGGGCUGGCUGGGGGGCAACUCGAGGCGGGAAGCCCACAGUCUGCUGCAUGACCGCCACCGUCAGCACCACGACGUGGUGCGCAGACUCGUGCCGGCCCAGCAACUGCUUGAGUUUGACUUGAAGGACGGGUGGGAGCCGCUGUGCAAGUUCCUCGACCUUCCUGUUCCAGAUAUGCCAUUUCCACACGUAAAUGAACAGGCGCAGUUCCUGAGUAUGCUUCGCAGUCUUGAUAUUAUGAUACUAAAAGGCAUUGCCCAAAAGCUUGCCUGGGCUUUGCUCAGUGUUAGUGUCGCCGCUUUCCUCAGUCGAGCGGCGACGAGGCGAGCUUUGGUCGACAUACUCAAGCGCACAUAG